UCUUGUUUCUAGCCAUAUUUUCGACCAAACAAAACCAGCUUUUCUUUUGAAAUAUGGCCGACGGAAACUUCUGUGAUUUCCAGGGACCAAUAGACACAUCUAUGAUGUCCAGUUUGCCGGGUUUUUGGGAACGCACGGCACACGAAAGUUAUGGAGUCGGUGCUCUGGAAUGUCUGGCAGAAUGUGCACAGCUUGAGAAAGACGUAGUCGCAGCUAGUAACGCAAACAACAAUCAAGAGUUCUGUAGGUCGAGUAGCAAGUUGAUCUUCCGUUUAAUCAAACAAAAUGGCCACAACAGUGACGGCAUCGCUGCGGCUGAUUCCACAGUCGCUGAUGUCAACAAAGACUACUACAACAAUUGUGCACUUAAUGGAAGUCCCGAUGACUCGAAGGAACUACAGAUGGCGGGGGUGAGUGGUGGACCGAUGGGGUUGUCUGCCCUUCACCAGAACAUGUUAGCGAAGCCCGUCCCCAUGAAGAGAUUAUCAGAGAAAUGUAUCGUACAGGCACGGGCCUGUCUCGAGUCGUCCAUUGGGAUGGACCGUAACAUGUGCAAACCACCAUCAAUGAUGCAAACUUGUGCAGACAAUACCGACUCCAAACCCUGAGUGAGUGCUCUGCAAG